GGAAGCAUCAGCGGCGCUUUACUCGUGGACAUCUGGAUGUGGUGAAGCAAUUUUGACUAUACGGGGACUAUGCAGGGAAGCUGUUGUGUGCAAGUGUGUUUUUCGACGUUCAAGUCGGAUUUUGCUGUUGUGGGUACAGGAAUUUGACGUGGUGGAGGAGUUAGUUUUGGUUGGGUCUGUUUCUGCGUUGGAAAAGAACAGCUGAUUUUGGCGAUGGCGCUGGAAGAUGUGACUGUGGCGCUGGACUGGACGCCCAACAGUAACCAUGUGGGGUUCUACGUUGCGCAAGCGCGAGGGAUGUAUGCGGAUGUGGGGUUGAGCGUGAAGUUUAUCAGCCCACAUUGUGACAAUUACAAGGCGACUCCUGCAUUGAGAGUAUCAGCGAAAGAAGCAACGUUGGGUUUAGGGCCAUCAGAGACGCUGUUCAGCUACCAUUCGGAGUCUGAGAAGCCGGAUCUGAUCGCCAUUGCCACGCUAUUGCAGCAAGAUUUGAGCUCCAUUGCAACUCUUAAGAAGAGUGGAAUUAAUCGACCCCAAGAACUCGACGGGAAGAGGUACGCUUCUUACGGCGCGCGGUAUGAAGGCCGUAUAGUCCAGAAAAUGAUCCAGAACGACGGCGGUAAGGGCGAUUACGAGGAGAUUGUUCCUGCAAAGCUGGGCAUCUGGAGCACCUUGUUGGAAGGAAAAGCAGACGCUACUUGGGUUUUCAGUGGCUGGGAAGGGUGCGCGGCUUCCAUUGCUGGCGUUGAACUCAACGAAUUCAGACUCUCCGAUUACGGGAUCCCAUAUGGCUACAGCCCCGUGCUAUUUUGCCAUCCGGACACAAUCAACAGUGACUCCGCCGAUAAGUUGUCCAACUUUCUGCUGGCGACAGCAAAGGGGUACGCUUGGGCAGCUCGCCAAUCGUGCUUGGAAGCUACGAAACUAUUUUUGAAACAAGUGAAGCAGGAGCAUCCAGAUUUGUUAGAGGAGGCUGUGGCCCAGGAGCUGGUUUCGGAGUCUUUGAAUUACAUGAAAAACUCAUUUCUCGCAAGCGAUGGCCACUGGGGACACAUGGACGCUGCCGUGUGGGAAGCAUUUCUCAAUUGGCUACAGACGGAAGGAUUGCUCACAACUUAUACCCAGUCACGAAACCCUGUGCCUGGUGUCAGUGUCUCUCUUGACGAGCUUCGUCAAGGAAAUGUGGGUGACCCCAUAGCACAUGAUCAGAUCAACCUGAAGAACGUUUACACAAAUAGGUUCCUUGAGCUUGCACGUCAGAAGAGCUAAGAUCCUGCGCUACCAGCAAUGGCCACCAUGCAAAUCCUUCAUAGCUUAGAGCGUUGUGUUUACAUUCUAAGCUCACGAGAAUGCUUAUCAUGAGUUUCUCGGGAUUCGCUUCCACAUAGAUGUUUAUCUCUUGUGUGCAUUAUAGCGGAGGUAACCUUGAAGGGAGAAAAUGCAAACCUGUAGGAAUGUAAUGGGUUAACUGAGUGCAGAGCAAUUGUACCUCUAAGACCUGCUUGACAGUGUAUUGAAUUUGCACUGUGUUUGCUGAUUCUUUACAUACAUAUAUACAGAAAUGGAUGCACAAACGAACCAAGGUUUCAAGAUGUUUCAACUUGUUA